AUUGACGCCGACAAGAUGGCGAACGCUAUGCGGCUCCGCAAUCAGCUGCAGUCGGUGUACAAACUGGACCCGCUGCGCAACGAGGAAGAAGUGAAAGUGAAGAUCAAAGAUCUGAACGAACAUAUCGUCUGCUACCUGUGUGCUGGCUACUUCAUUGACGCCACCACCAUCACUGAGUGUUUACACACAUUCUGUAAGAGCUGCAUAGUGAAGUAUCUGCAGACCAGCAAAUACUGUCCGAUGUGCAACAUCAAAAUCCACGAGACACAGCCCCUGCUCAACCUGAAGCUGGACAGGGUGAUGCAGGAUAUCGUCUACAAGCUCGUCCCAGGCCUGCAGGAGAGUGAAGAGAAGCGGAUUCGAGAGUUUUAUCAUUCUCGGGGGCUGGACAGAGUCGUCCAACCAGUAAAUGAAGCUCUGACGCCGGAUCUCGCCAGUUCACCCUACACUACUUUUGAUCACUCCAAAGCUCACUACUACCGGUUUGACGAGCAGGUCUCUCUCUGUCUAGAAAGGCACGGUUCCUCGCUUGGGAAAGAGAAAGGGAAGCUACUCCUACAGCAGAAAUACGUGCGGUGUUCAGUGCGAGCGGAGAUCAGGCACCUGAGGAGGGUUUUGUGCCACAGAAUAAAUCUCGUGGAUCAGCAGCAGCUACAGAUAAUGUUCGACAAUGAGCUGUUGCCAGAACACAUGACUAUGAAGCAGCUGUGGUUGUCCCGCUGGUUCGACAAGCCUACACCGAUGGUUCUUCAGUACAGUGUGAAGGAGAAGCGGGGAAGGUGAUCAGCAGUGGAGCGGAGCUGAGUUCGAUGAGUGGGAUGUUGGCUUGUGGAGAGGAGCGAAAGACAAUAUUUUUUGUGGGGUUGGUUGUGAGAAUGGACUGUCCUCUGCCUGCAGGGCCCAGUGUCUUGCUUCAUUGACCAGCCUGCAACAUGCUUACUGCAGCAGACAGAGCUGUGCUCGUAAUUCUUCCCCCCUCCCCAUCUUGUCCGACCUUCGAUUUCUCCCCCCUCCCCCGCACAACCAUAAACUGCCGGGUUGGGGUCUGUGCCCGGGGCAGGUGUACGCAGUGCUCUAGUCUUGUGCCCGUAUAGUGUCUUCAACACAUUACUAUUUACUGUGCUUUUUUUAAAAAAAAUCUAUGUACACAACAACAAUUGGUUAGAAUCUGUAUUUUAAUUUUGGACAAAAUCCCUACUUUCUGCACAUUUUCCUUUUGCACUAAAGUUCGCCUGAAUUCACAAGGCCCCGUCCCAGGCUGAACCUUUCCUGUGACUGACCUGCGUCCUCUCUGCUGGUGAUGGUUCUAAUAUAGUGUACAGUAUUCUGUAAUUACUAUAACUACUAUAACAGCGCUCGUGAAAAUCAACCCCCAACUUUUUUAUUAUUUCUUUUUUGCGGUUUUGUGACUGUUGCUUCGCGACCUUAUGUGUUUUUUUUAAAUAAUUUGUUAAUUUUAUAAUUAGGAAAACAAUCUGAUUUGGGGAUUUUAUUUUGUUGCUUUGUAUAUGAUGUGAACAGUCAUUGAAUAAAUUGGGUGGUGGGUGGGGGGGGGUGUUCAUAAGUGUUGUGCUCAUCGUGGAGCUGGUGAAAAUGAAAUAUAUAUAAUAUAUAUAUAUA